UCAACCCACAGCACCACCUGCAUCUGUCCUGUGACACCCUUCUACACCUAGCCUGGCACAGCAGUCAAUCAGUGGCACCACUUGGUUUUGUCCCGUGACCUCCUCUUGAACCUAGCCUGGCACAGUCAACCCAAUGGAAUUCCGCAUUAACCAGCCGCGUAUUUGCCCCCUUCCCACUUCCGUUUUUUCAGAUUUUUACCCAACAUGAAUCCACUCCCCUCAUUCCAACGCUCACCAUCACCACCGCCACUACUACAGCUACUACUAUCUACACCAACAUCAUCAUCUUCGCCACCACCACCGACACCGAACUCCAACCACUGCGUGUCGUCCCUCUACGGCCUCAGCUGCACGCCCUCUGAUCUGAGCCACAUGGGGCGUUCCCUCCUCCUCACCAUCCUCUUCCUCGCCAUCCUUGUCACACUGGCGGGCAACCUUCUCAUCAUCGCCUCCAUUGCCUUCUUCCGGCAGCUGCAGACGCGCUCCAACGUCCUCGUCACCUCGCUCGCCGCUGCCGACCUCCUCGUCGGCUCGCUCAUCAUGCCCUUCAGUGCCGUGCGCACCGCCCACAACUGCUGGCCCUAUGGCGACCUCUUCUGCCGCCUGCACACGUGGCUCGACUUCUCCGCCACGUGCUCGUCCAUCAUCAACCUUGCGUGCAUCUCGGCCGAGCGCUACAUCUCGGUGAGUGACCCGCUCCGCUAUCGGCAGCGGGUGACGCCGCGCGUGCUCGUCGCGAUGCUUACCCUCUCGUGGUCGGGCCUCGCUGUUUACGGCGCCACCUUCCUUGCUGGCUGGAAUGUCGCGGGCAUGGAGGGCGUCAUCGCGGCUGAGAGCUGCCCACACAGCUGCCGCGUCUUUAUGAACGUCGCCACGACGUUCGCCAACGUGGGCGCCUACGUGGCACCAAUGGUCGUCAUGGCGGUGGCCAACGUGAAGACCUACAGCGUGGCGCGCGCCCAAGCAAGGAGGGUGCAUGCCUCCGGGCCGCUCGAUGCACAUGGCCGGAGCCGCUGGGAGGCGAUGAAGCGUGAACACAAUGCCACCAAGACCAUGGGCAUUAUCAUGGGCGUCUUCAUCCUCCUGUGGCUGCCCUACAUCCUGCUGGCAUCCACCGAGCCCUUGUUUGGCUACGGCACGACGCCGGCGACGUGGGAGGCGGUGAACUGGCUGCCAUACAUCAACUCGACAGUUAACCCCGUGCUGCUCGCAUCCUUCAACCGCACCUUCAACGGCGCCUUCCGCGUCAUCUUCACAGGCAGGGCGACCAGGCCCGGGGCACGCGGCACCGACCUCUACAACCUCCGGGACCGAGUGAGGUGA